UCUCACUGAUGAAACACGAUAAUUAUUAUCUCUGUAGGCAGUCUAAAGACCUCGAAAAGUUCGUGCGUGUAUCCAUUUCACAUUACUCUACACACCUUGUUAACACUCAUCUGUCAAUGCCCAAUUAACCCUUCAGAUAUAUGUCUCACUGCGAUAAGAUCAAGUUAGACAAAACGUGUGAACAGAAAGAACAGGGCUAAACAGACAAGGGACUUGAAGUUCCGUCACAAGGCACUUCAGCUAUUCUUAUUAGAAUGUUAAGGAGAUGGAAUGGAUGGCACGCAAAUUCCCUUGAGGCUCUGAGUUGGCCCCAAUGCACUCGCGCCCCUGGGGAAUUCGCACUUGAAGCCGGUUUGCUCAUGAUCCAAAGGCUAGUUUUAUAAAUCAUAAAGACGCUACUUCAAAUCUUGAUAAACAUUGCACCACCAUCCAUGGGUCUGAAUAAUAUUAGUAUAAUAUUAGUACACCAAAAAUGCUUUUCAAAUACCAUCACUUCUGCAAGUAUCUACAAUAGCCUACUAAUUGUUGAGCGGAGACCUCUGAUCCCUCGGACGUGACCCUUUGUUAUUUCAGUCAUCGGAAGCACCUCAAUGGAAACAAGUUGAGCACGUUUUCCAAUGGUAAACAUUAUCCUUAACGCAUUAGUGACUGCCAUGAGCGAGCGGGGUCCAGGGGAAUCGGCCAUACCGGAACAAAUACAUCAGGAACACCCAUAGAGCAGCUGGAAAACGAGCUAGGCAUUUAGAGUUCAGUGAUCAGUACUCUGGAAUCUCUCGCUGCUAUAACAGACGAGGGCCCUGGAAGACACCGACAGUAAGAAGAUGGUUAGAGUCUACGCCAAUCUUGACAAAUGAAGUGCAGGAUACGUUUGAGCACGUAUCUGCGUGUAGCAUAGGCCUAUAUGGUGUUGAUCUACUGAAAUGUAUUUCUAAGAUGGGGAGCAAACGAAGCUUACCGUUGUGAAGUGACCCUUAGCAAUAAGAGAAAGAGAAAACCGUGAGCACAGGUCAACCAUCGAGAGCUUCAAGAGCUAAGGUUUCUCUUGUAAACAGGAAACGAAGCGUCCGAUUACCUGCGUGUGUAAAGGCGUCCUAUAUUGCCUGUCGGAUGGGUGAAAUAUAGGUGCAGGGGUAGUCAGCGCAUUCAUGGUAUGGAGGGUAGUUUAUAAAUUGAAUAAAUAAACAUGACAUAACAGCAAACAUCCGUAUCCUUUUUUGUUUCAUAUCCACUUCCUUGUAAUACAAUAUUUCGUAAUAACGGAGAAUGUAUUUGAAAUAUGCUAUUAUAAGUUAUUAUAACUGCUUAUUUGUAUAAAUUAAUUUGAUCGAAUAUACAAAUCGAACAUUUAUUCAAGCUAAUCAGUCCGUUUUCAUGUAACCUAGUUUAUGUAGGCCAGGUUUUCUGAGAAGGCGCGUUGCAAAUUCUUUAAACACUCAGUUGAAUGUACAUAUACAACCACGGCUAUAUGUCGAAAUAUACUUUUUUUUGUAUCUCAAUUUUAGAAAUAAUAAGGAUUAUACACAACAACAUUGAACCAAAAGUGUAUUAGUAGCCUAUAUGGAAUGAGUUAUAGUAAGACCCAAAGCCCAACUCAGGCAGCAGAUGUGUUGUUCUGUAGGCUACUGCUCACCGUCCAUAUACACCUAUUUGUUUUUGGUUGUGUACUUUAUAAGUCAACGCCGAUACAUACCAAAUCAAACGAUUAGUUUGCCUUGCUUUUGAGUCCGUGUCACGAUGUGCAACUAUUCUGAAUGUCUAAUGUUAUGUAUUUGGUUGGUGAAUGAAGACAGCCAGGCACGUUACGCUAUCCAGUUGAACUGAGGGAAUAUCAAUAUGCAGCCUACCAAUUUUACUUUCAUACCACAUGAAUUCCUCACUGACAAUAUAGGAAAACAAAAUCCAAACACUUGGAUUGCCACUGACUAUUAUAUUGGGAUUAUUGCAUUGGUGAUUUAUCCUGUAGUGUAGUUUAUUGUUAUGAUUCAUAAUCACAAUAUUCAUAUAAUUGUACUUACUUAUAUGUAAUUUACCAUUCCAGUAGAAUCCAAUUCAUAAUUGCAAUUCAUGGUGGUAGGUUAACACUGACUGUAGUUCCGGAAGAGAGGGGGCUGCCUUGCUGCACGAGCACACAUUUUUAGACCAAUAGGAAAGCUUCUACCUAUAAACUCAAACUUCCAUUGGCGGACCUAGCCUCGCCGAGGAGAAAAGUUUUGGAAGACCGGCCCAUGAUUUGUCUGGAUUGAAAUGUAAGCCUGUCUCUCCUGCUAUCAGGAAACACAUCGCGGAUUUGUCCUUCUCACUACUAUCGUUAGUUCGGUUAACACAGUACCCGUGGCCGGAGGAGAGCGAGGAUUUGUGCUCCCCUAGACAGGUUUCCGGACACCAGCGAAACUGGACUCGGAACUGGACGGAAGGCGUAACUCCGAGAUCCCAAUAAUAAUUUGUGGACUAAACGCAAUGGAGCCAGCCUUUGGAGAGGUGAACCAGCUCGGCGGGGUUUUUGUCAACGGCAGACCGCUUCCCAACGCAAUCCGGCUGCGGAUUGUAGAGCUCGCCCAGCUGGGCAUCAGGCCUUGCGACAUCAGCAGACAGCUCCGGGUCUCCCACGGCUGCGUCAGCAAGAUACUGGCCCGGUACAACGAGACCGGCUCUAUACUCCCGGGAGCGAUCGGGGGCAGCAAACCACGGGUCACCACGCCUACAGUGGUCAAGCACAUACGGACAUACAAGCAGAGGGACCCGGGUAUCUUCGCCUGGGAGAUCCGGGACAGGCUACUGGCUGACGGAGUUUGUGACAAGUUCAAUCUACCAUCUGUGAGCUCCAUCAGUAGGAUCCUCCGCAACAAGAUUGGGAAUCUGUCCCAGCAGAGCCAGUAUGAGUCCAGCAAGCAGUCGUCUCACCCACCACAACCAACGCUACCAUACAACCACAUAUACUCGUAUCCGACCCCCAUCGGAGCCUCUGGGACCAAAGUACCGACUCCCCCGGGCAUGCACUCCCUCCCUGGACACAUGGCUAUGCACAGGAUAUGGCCCUCCUCCCACUCGGUAACAGAUAUUCUGGGGAUUCGGUCGAUAACAGAGCAACAAAUUAGUGACAGUUCGUCCUUUCCCAGUGCCAAACUAGAAGAAUGGAGCGUUAUAAACAGGACACAUUUUCCGCCGUCAGCAAGCUCUCCACUAGUCAAUGGCGUGCAGGAUAAACCACCGCAUUCUAUAGAACCUGAAGCAAAAUACAAACAGACGCAGAGUGGCUUGCCCACAGUGAACAGUUAUGUCACAGCGCCCAGCAUCCCAGCCUACCACCCUCCCACCCCAGUGUCGCCCUACAUGGGGUACAGCGCCACCACGUCGGCCUAUGUGACCGGUCCCACAUGGCAGCCGCACAGUGGCAGUGCUCUCUAUCACCACAGCUGUGACAACAUCGCCGCUCCGCUGGCCUUCAAGGGUAUGACAGCCCACCACCGUGACGCCAUCCACCCCCAUGCCCACCCCAUCACCGCCUCAGCACUGUAGAACACAGACAGACGGGCCGGUCGGACGGAGAGACAGAGCGAAGAAGAGGGGGAGCAGGACAGACGGACGGGCGGAUGGAGAUAAGAGGAGGGAGGAAGGAGAUAAGGAGAAACAAGUCCUCCUUUACCAUGGGCCUGGUGCCAGCUCAUUGCACUCACCUCUUCUGUAUUUAUAUGGUGACCUCACCUAGGCCCCAUAUCCAUCACAACAUUCUCUUCCAUACCAAAGACACGGUGACCUCACCUAGGCCCCAUAUCCAUCACAACAUUCUCUUCCAUACCAAAGACACGGUGACCUCACCUAGGCCCCAUAUCCAUCACAACAUUCUCUUCCAUACCAAAGACACGGUGACCUCACCUAGGCCCCAUAUCCAUCACAACAUUCUCUUUCAUACCAAAGACAUGGUGUGGAGAACUCAAGUUAUCGCCCAGUUAAAGACAGGACAUGGAAGGGAAACCUUGCCACACUAUCUACAGACAUGACACUGGUCUGUGGCCCUGCAGAAAGCUGACAGGACAGGUGUAUUGAAGGACCGACUGUCUGUUUCUCAUAUUUCCAUGGCGGAAAUUGUGCCAUUCUCAUCAAGGACUUGCCUCUUAAACCCAUUUCUGCACACUUCUCUGCAAAUGUUAUUAGGGACAGGAGCUAAAGUACUGUAGGACAAUCACAACCAUGAGGGAAAAACAACGUUUUGCAUUUAAGUGUAUCAGGGGUGAUAUCAAUUGGUAUUGUUUUGGAUGUUUGUACUUGUAUUUUUUUGGUUUAUUAUUUUGACAAGUUACAAUCUUAAUAUUGAACAUUGUUCUUUCACUUCUCGACUUAAAUGUAUCUCCAUGUGUAUUUAUUAGACUGACUAAAAGGUACGAGGGUUGAACGGAGUACAAUUAUUACAUCAGAAGGCCACGGUGGAAACAGUGUAGGCCUAUACGGAUGUUCCCAACACACUUUGACAGCCUUUGGCAUUAGUCUUCUGCGUAAAUGUUUGAAACGACAUUAUGAUAAAACGGUACAGCUGCCCAGGUCCAAUCUAAUAUCCACAAUGAAAUUGAAUGUAUCUUCAUUAAAGGAAACUGUGUGGAUUU